GCAUGUCCGCUCAGCUUUGUGUCGCUGGGAGUUCUGUUCAAAGGAUUUGAAAGCCCUUCCGAGUGGGAGCUCUUCGUGUCCGUGCACAUCUUCAGAAGCGUCGCUGAAGUGAGGAAAACGAAACCAAAGCCAGAAGAGGAGAGCCCUGACGAUGGCGGAUCGGAACGUGGAAGCCAAACUGAAGAAGCAACUGAAGCGCGACAAGAUCCAGCUGUGGAAGGUCCCCUACAGCGACGACGAGCAGCAGCCCGGACAGGCGCACAUGCAGGAGCUAGCCGAGCGCUACGGCACCCUGCUGCGCGUGCCGGGGUCGGAGGUCGCGGACGCUCUGGAGGUCAUCCGCGUGCGGGCGCUGAAGAGAGGUCAACGGAACCAGACCUUCAAGGAAAGCGGCGUGGCCACCCUGGAGCUGCUGCUGCCACGAGACUGCAAGAAGGGCAGCAAGUCCAAGAUGUCGAUGGAGACCAGGCUGGACGUGUGCGCUCAGGAGCUGAUUGACAGGAUCGCGGAAGAAGUCGGACUCAAAUCCUUCAAAGUGAUCCUGAACGGCAAAACUCUGAAUGGCGGUCUGCGGCUGGACCAGCAGGGCGUCGGCAACCACAGCAAGAUGAUGAUCCUGAAGGCCUUCGACGCCGCCUCGGCUCCUCGGGACUUCGAGUCACGCGAGCGCGACGUCCAGCGCACGCGCAGAGGCUUCCGGAUCCUCUCCGAGAGAGACGGCAGCGACGACCUUCAGACCGCGCCCUUCCUGGAGGUCGCCGACCAGAAGGGAAACCCGCUGAAGAUCCCCCACAAGGAGAAGAAGGCGCUGAUCCUCGCCAUGGGGCUCCACGAGAAGGGGCGCGCCCUCAUGAAGCGGAAGCGCCACGACGACGCGCUCUGUCACCUCCUGCAGGCCGACCUCCACUUCAGCGAGUGCGGCUCUGCGCUGCUGGGCGUGGUCGACAACCACGGCGUGCUGCAGCUGGACGUCGUUUGGUGCUACCAGGCGUUGGAGGCGUUGUCGUGUCUGGACGACGGGCGCGAGCGUCUGCGGCUCGCCGAGGACUGUUUCCUCAGGUGUUACGGCGAGCGGCAGCAGAGGCUGCUCAUGAUCAAGGGCAACACGGGGCAGGAGGACGUGCUGUUCCUGCGCCUGCACCUGCUGCAGAGCCUGCUGGCCUUCGUGGACGGCGACGACCUUCAAGCCCGGCGGCAACUCGAACAAGUGGAGUCGCUGUACGCGCGUCUGUGUCCCGACGCCGACAAAAUGACGCAGCUGAUGGUGCUGGGCUUCAGCGAGCGAGAGGCUCGGUUGGCCCUGCGAGCGUGUCACGGCGACGUGCACGAAGCCGCCUUGCUCGUAAGCAACCAGAGGGAGGAGCGGGAGCAGCUGAGGCAGCGGGAGCGCCAGAAGAGGAAACGGACGAAGGCGAGCUUGGCCAUCCUGGCGGAGGCGGGUUACGACUCCGGGGAAGCCGCCGCCGCGCUGCGCCAGGCCAACGGAGACCUGGACAAAGCCUUCCAAAUCCUGCUGGACGCCGGCCAGACGCCGCCGACGUCCAACGGGAGCCUGGAUCAGAAGGUCCGGCAGUUGUUGUAUUUGGGCUUCGAGCGGUCGGCGUCGGAGGCGGCGUUGGCGUUGACGGGCGGAGACGUCCGGUCGGCCACCGAGCUGCUGAUGGACAACCUGGGGGCGGUCCCCUCGGUGGCCACGCCCCCCUCAGAGGAGGAAGAGCCCGGCACGUCGUCCGGCUCCACGGACGACAGCGAGCUGGUGAACGAGAUCCUGGAGGACAUCCCGCGUGACAAGGACGACUACUUGGACCUGACGCUGGAGGAGGAACUGCAGCUCCUCAACACCAUCAAGACGCACCUCGCGCGCUCGCUCGACCAGUGAGCCGAGCGGGACGUCGCCGCCGCCUCGCGGUUCGGAGGUUCGGCGUCCGAAUCCGGGCUCCGGCCUUCCCGUGUGGACUUCACAGGUUGUCCCUGCGCUCAUUGCGGAAACGUGUUGGCUUCAUUGAAGACUGAAAUUGUCCAUAGGUGGGAACGGCAACGCGAAGGAUUGUUUGUCUAUACGGGCCCUGUGAUUGGCUGGCAACUCAUCGGUCGGACGAUUUUUAUCAGCCGAUUUUAGCGCUUUUCAAAGCAAACUUAAUCAGCCGGAGUUGGCUCUUUUUUUGGACGCUCUUUAUUUCAAUCAGCUGGGGCCUCAUGUACAAAGACUUGUGUGGAUUUCCUCCUAAAACAUGGCGUACGCUCAAAUCCAGAAAACGUCAUACCCGCAAAAAUAUCCAGAUGUAUGAAUCUGUUCGCACGCACAUUUCCCUCACACGUCCCAAUCAACGCGGAAACGAGCGCGCGCUGGAGCGGCCCACUCUUCCCUGUCCACGCCCGCGUUUAAAGAUGCAAAUCGUAUUUAAAUGAACCCCGCAACUGAGAUCCCGAUCAGAAAAAAAGGAAAGUGAGCAAAGUCGUUUCUGAAUGUCAACUUGCUCACUGAAGUGGAGGCGCGCAAGAAAAUCCUCUUUGGCCCGCAGUCCUCCGCCGUUAACACCACCAAGAAAAGACGGACAAAGUGGAGGAAUGCUGUUUGGAACAUCCCACAGAUGAAAAGGCGAAUUGGGAACAGACGGGGGCCAUGAUUGGGCAGGAAAGGAGCUUCCCCGAAUUGCUCGGUCGUUCACAAGCAAAGAUGGGGAGAGGUUCACCUCUUUGGCAACAAGAGCGUGAGGAUAUAGUCCAACAGUUUAAGGAACAAUGUUCCUCAACGGACAAUUGCGAGGAAUUGAGGGAUUUUCGUCCUCUACGGUCCAGAAUAUCAUCAAAAGGUUCCGAGAAUCUGGAGAAAUCACUGCAUGGACGCGGCCAGGCCCAAAACCGACAUCGAAUGCCCGUGACCUUCGAUCCCUCAGGCGGCACGGAGGAGGAUAUCGCCGCGCGGGCUCAGGAACACUUCGGGAAACCAAUGUCAGUCAAUACGCUUCAAUACGCGCCACAUCCCGAAGUGCAACUUGAAACAAAGCAAAAGCCGUUUAGCAACAACACCCCGAAACGAACCAAAUGUGAAUACGUACAUCGGUCGCACAUGAUUCAAAUGUGUUGAAACCAUUGAGGAGAAGAGGUGUAAAUGAUGUCAUUUCCACACAUUGAAAUCAUGUGCAACCGAUGUACAUGUUCAAAUGCGGUCAAUUCAAAGGACUCCUUUUUUUCCCCAGUGGAGUCACGAAGCGAUCGUGAGGCCAGUAGGCGGCGCCUCGAUCAAUGAAUCGGUGUCCUCCCAAAUAUCAGCGAUUCGUGGAAUACACCGGUUAGCAAAUGAAUUCUCGGUCCUUGCCUCAAUUGCAUUGCUGAAGUCAACCAAACCAAAAGCUGCGGAAACGUGCGUACGCCAGCCGCCAAGUUGCCGUGAGGCAGCGCACAUUUCCACGCUCGUGUCACUCUUGAUACAUCGGAACCUUGCUGCGAAAAAGAACAGACGCGCCUUCUGUACAUGAGGCCCCUGGAGUUUUGCCGAUUAAACGUCUUAACUGCCUACGAAACAUUUUGCAUCGCAAACGCCGGUUCGCCCGCUGCAGCUAUCGAAGAUUUAUACGAACGAUUAUUCUGUCGAUGAAUCAAAUAAUCGGAUGCCUCGAAAUUUAGCGCCAAAUAUAGAUUUUCUUUCCUCAAUGCCUGUUUAUUAACCGAUUAUUGCGCAAUGUGACGAGAGGGAGCAAUGUCGUACUCGUUCCGCUUGUCCAAAGUGAGAGUGGCUUCAGCCAGCGGGCGAACGGCCGGUCGUUACCCGGAACGCCCGUUGGCCGGCCACGUAUUCUUACUUGGCUCGAAGUAACCGAGUAACCCGUUACGAAGAUAUGGCUGAUAUUUGUCAUACCUGUGGUUAUUUAAAUGUAAAGAAACAAUGUCAUUAACAGGGUUAGGGUUUAGUAGGUUUUAAAAACGGGUAAGAUUUCAAAUUUUCAAGAAUGAAGUAACUAUAAUCUGAUUACUUUCCUGCAUGUAUAUAUAUGGCGACCAUUUUGGAAGAGACCGGAGUAACGCGUUACUAACGCUUCGCUGACAUAGCCCUGUGGUUGUUAUUGAAAUAUGGAUGACCAGAAUUUGUGUGAUUAACAGGGUUAGGGUUUCAAAAUGUUGUUAGGGUUUUAACUAAAUGAAAGCCGGUCUUUGUCCAAUUGGUUGUCGGAAUGUUCUGGAAGCGAUUUGGCCGCGUCGUGGAAUCAAACCAAUCAGAAUCGAUUUCUUCAAAUGUCACAAAUUAUUUGAAUUUUUUACCCUGAAGUCUGAACAUUUUCAAAAUCUCCAAUGUGUAUUAACAGUUUAUUUAAAUAAGCUUUGCUGCGCAUCUUGUCAUUUUUGAUGUUGAUGCAUUCGAUCAACAUCCUCUUUAUCUGCCAAGUUGGUGAAAAACACACAGGGAAUUUGUCUCCGGUAGUUGGAGCCGUUCUAGUCCGACGGCCUUUAUGAUGUUUCUGUCGAGCGUUCGAUAAAGAUCUCGAGGGGGGACAAAGACUUGACGUGACGGGAAGUAAAACAUGCUGAAAGGGGAGGAGCGCGAGGCCGCUCGCUCGUUGCUUGAAAAAGAAGAAAAAGCGAAGUUCGCGGGCGAACUGGCGGGUUCGCCGUCUGCCUCGCAUUUCCGAGGCGCCGGUUCGAAUCCCGUCCGCGGCGUGGCCACGUUGUGCUGCGUCGGGGUGGCUUUUUCCUCCCGCUGUCCGAAAUCGGGUUUGCGUCAUCCGAGACCCAAAACCGGCGAGCGGUCCGCAGUUCAACAUCGAUGACGACCGAAGAUACGAUUUCAUGUCGACGUUUUAUGACGUGACAAUCAUCGUUAGCGCGUGAUAUCGGUUGUAUUACAAAUAAGCAACGCUUGAGAAUGCAACAAAUGUAAGAUGAGUUGCUUUAUUCGAUAUGUCCAAGCAGGAGAUCAUAAAAACGUGACAGUUGAAGAACUCUCGAGCGUAGAAAACGUCACAUUGUCACCAAGUUGAACUUUUAAUAAUAAUAUUUGGAUUUGUCCUAUUUUUUUAGACACACGCAGUGGUUAUGUAAGCUACAGGAUAGAUUUGUCAUGACAUCACAUUCUAAAAAAACUAAAUAGACAAAUUUGAUAUAUUAAAUGUUGAAAAUCCUUCAAGUGGACUCUUCAGCAGCUUCCGCACAAUAAGACCAAUUCUUGUUGCUAUUUGGAUUGACGCGCCUCGCGGCGUCGACGGCUUCUUCAGGGGUUCUUGAGCGCGUCGAUGUGCGCGCAGAUCUUGAGCGCGG